CUCGGUGAAGCUGGACCUCAGUGCGUCUGUGCGUGAUCGUGGGAGCCUCGCAUCAGCUCACUGCCCACUCCACGCCCCCGCAGAGUCUCCCAAACUCUCGGUCGCAGGAGGAGAGAUGAUGUGGGGGAUGUAAGACACGGGGAUCAGCAGACAGCAGCUGGAUUCUCGGGCUAAAAUCAGUCUCUCUGAUGGAGUGAAGACAGCAGAUACACACACGGUUCACCAUAUUCUGAGCCGGGAUGUCCCGACAUUGCUGAGGCCGGAGGAGGAGAGGGGUGGGGGAUUCUGGGAUUCUAGAGGUGGAGAGCGAGACAUCAUGGGUGAUGGAGGGGCCUUGCACACGGAGGGCAAUGCCCUUCUGAAAGCAGUGUUCCAGGGCAAGCUCCGCCUCGCUCGCCUGCUCCUGGAGGGCGGAGCCUAUAUCAAUGAAGGGAACGAGCGAGGGGAGACGCCAGUCAUAGCGGCCUGUCUGGCAGGAUACGAUGAUCUACAGACCCGGCAGAGAAUGGUGAGGUACCUGCUUGAGAAGGGAGCAGACCCAAACAUCCCUGACAAAUCGGGUCGGACCGCCCUGAUGCAUGCGUGUGCAGAAAAGGCAGGCAAAGAGGUGGUGUCGCUGCUGUUGGAAAAUGGCGCAGAUCCCAGCUUGAAAGACUAUUCCGGGGCCUCUGCACUCGUACACGCCAUCAAUAAGGGCGACAGGGACACUCUUCAGGUCCUGCUGGAUGCCUGCAAAGCCAAAGGUAAAGAGGUCAUCAUCAUUACCACCGAUACAUCUCCCUCUGGCACUAAAAAGACCAAACAAUACCUGAACUCCCCACCAUCUCCGGGUAUAGUGGACAAGCUUUCCCCUGCUUGCAUGUCUCCAUCUGAGGUAGAGAUCCAUACCUCUGGCUCUGCCCCCGGUGAGGAGGAAGGUAUCUUCAGCUUUGCCGUGACUUCAGCACUCCCACUACCCUCGAACAGACCACAAGGGGAGAGGAGACCACCACCCCGUAAGCUUCUGAAAAGACUGAACUCUGAGCCAUGGGGUCUGGUGGCUCCUUCAGUACUUGCUGAGAGAGCGGAGCGGAUAGAGGGCGAUUUAGCCGAGGAGGACAAGUUGGUCUCGGAGAUGAAUGGGAUGACAGUUUCUGGUCCUGGCAGACCUCUCCUGUCCCGAAGGCACAGUAUAGAGACCCAUGACCCAUCUUCUCCAAAGCUGAUGGACCGGUCCUGUUCGGAAGACUGUGCAGCACUCUGUGGCUCUUCCUGGGCGGAUAAAGUACAUCAGCACCAGUCACUGUAUCGUCGAAACACGGCCCCUGAGACUCAGGACAGUGUGGCUCAGGCACCGACAGGGAUCCGUGGCUUACCACACCCCAAACUCACCCGCAUGGAACACUACGAGUCGGACACCCACCUGUGUCCUGCCUCCAUCCCUGGAUCUCCGGAUUCUGGACGUGUCUCAGUGGAGCGCCGCAAGUACAACGCCUCUCCCUUGUCACUGCUCACCAGCUCUUCUCGAGAGUCUUUGGAGAGCAUUCCCAACUCGGUGUCUCCUAUGACAAUGCGGCGGCGGCCAGCAGGACUGUUGGAACGGCGGGGAUCAGGCACUCUCCUUUUGGACCACAUCUCCCACACAAGACCUGGGUUCCUUCCUCCUCUCAACAUCAACCCUCAGCGACCCAUUCCUGAUAUCCGUGCCAACGGAAAGCCCACUUCUCCUGUUCACUCAGGGAGCAAGAUCCUGCUGCCAGUCGCGCCAUCGUCACCAAAGCGUGGACCAGACUUCAAGAUGAAGAAGAAACUGAUGAGACGACACUCGAUGCAGACGGAGCAGAUGAAGCAGCUUUCGACCUUCCGGGAAAUCCUCACAGAAAAGGUGAUGGAAAUGAAUGGAGAUUGAGAGCAAGAGAGAAGGAGAAUGAGAGAGAGUCAGUGCUGGCCGAGAGUUUUCAUUACUGGGUUCAUCUACAUCAUCUUUGAGGCAAACAUGCUCUGGUCCAGUUCAGCUCCUUUAGAACUUAGUACAUACAUCAAAAAUAUGCAUUGUGGAGACAAAACCAUCUUCAAAUCCAGACAAUGAAAGUGAAAAUGAGUCACGGUCACUCAAGAUCAUAAAAAGGAUCAGUUAUUCCAAAUUUGGAGACCAUUCAAAUGUUAUUUGGGAUUAUUCCUUGAUCAUCAAGAAUGCUUGAAGAUGGACCCAUUGGUGUCAAUGGAAGUGCUGUUGGUGUUUGAAAUUGCUGCAACCUUCAGAUGAAACCUCGCAGAUUUUGUAUUCUACAGGUUUCUCUAAGUAUUAGCGCUGUUAUGGCUAUCAGCCUUCUUAAUGUUGUGCACUGUCUGAAAACAAAUAUGCCCAAAUUGUACCUUUAGGGGCAUAGCUAGUUGUUGAUGGGGCACUACCCUUAAAAGGACAAAUUUGUACUUUAUCUACCCCUAAAAGGUGCAUAUUUGUACCUUAGAAUAGUUCAUAGGUAUGUACCCUUAAGUUACUACUAUGCAUCUUUUUGAGGUAAAUAAGGUACAAAGAUGACCCAGUAAG